ACAUCAAACAGCAAGAAAAACUGAAGACAUGUCGACCUUUUUCAACGUUCUGAUUUUAAUGUGCUUUCAGUAUGCAGUUCCAGCACAAGUCACGGAUACGGAUAACCUGAAGGCUGUCCCAGGACAGCUGCCGCUGGCAAAGUCCUGUGAGACAUGCACCAAGUUAUUUGACCUCUUGAAAGAACUGCUUGUGGAUACUGAAGUUCAGGGCAUGACAAAAAGUGACAUGAACACCAAGUGUGAGAGGCUCCUUGGGUCUGGACGAGCUGAACUCUGCAAGCUGAUGAUGGACAAAAACCUUCCUGUGUUCUUCACUCUUGCUGACAAAGUCAUAAAACCAGGUCAUUUAUGUUCUGCUCUUGGGUUCUGUGUGGACACAGAAAAUGAGCUGCCAGGUCAAAUGGCCCUUAAAGCACCAUAUUUUGCGGACACCUUUGGCAUCCAGUGUCUGUUCUGUACCCAAUUGAUUGGCAGCAUCGAAUCGUUCCUGCCCACAGACGAACUUGAGGAUGCUCUUACCAUGGUGAUGGACCUGGGGUGCAGUGUAUUACCUGACUCCAGCAAGAUGUUGUGUCAGACAGUAGUUGAAAAAGCCAUCAAGACAGUGAUGGAGCUGCUUAUGUCCGUCCUGUCCCCAGACACCAUCUGCAGCCUGCUCCAGCUCUGCACUGACUGAUGGCAAGGUGGAGUUACCCAUUAUGGGUGAGCGACCACAUACAUCCCCCUGAUCUGGUCGAGGACAACAAACAAACAAACAAACAAACAAACAACACACACACCUCCAACAUAAUGAGAUAGAAUGACAAAUGAGCCAUAAACGCAGAUAUUGGAUAUUAUGACUUCAAGGUGAAAACAUGAGAACAUUAACCAGUAGGAACGACCAAUUUGGCAAGGAUAUGCAUUUAAAUUGCUUAUGUUUUCUUUUGUGAGUUGUAAUUUCUGUUGUUUAAUGUCUAUAUUCAAUCUUUUUCUAAUCUGAGGCAGCAUGGAUAUAGAGAAGACCGUUUCAAAACAACUUCAGUUCCCUGGCUUUCCCCCUUCACAGCAUUCACUCGUUAUCAAACUCAGUGACCACAGAUCUGUACACAAGUGCCCUGUUACUGACAUUAUACCUUUAACAUCCCCCUACUAUUGUUGAGGUAGGCAACAGGCCUACAACAAUCUUUGUAAAAUCUUGUUCAGCCUCAAUCAAUCCUUGAAAUGUUCAACACCAAAGAACCUUCAAGAGACGACACAUUACUGGAAAUGCACCCCCCGCCUAUGCUGAAAUUCCAUUUCUAGCUUGUAUUAUUCUCCCAAUAAAUUUGUAUUCGCAAA